UAGGAGACGACCCAUUCUCGCUACGGUGGCCUGGAAGGAGUGGCGGAGGCAGCUCAGGAGAAUUGCUCGCUUCUGGGACUCGGUCGUAAUGUCUUUCAAGAGGGAAGGGGAUGAUUGGAGUCAACUAAACGUGCUUAAAAAACGAAGAGUCGGGGACCUGCUGGCCAGUUACAUCCCAGAGGAUGAGGCGCUGAUGCUACGGGAUGGACGCUUUGCUUGUGCCAUCUGUCCCCACCGACCUGUACUGGAUACCCUGGCCAUGCUGACUGCCCACCGUGCAGGCAAGAAACAUCUGUCCAGCCUGCAGCUUUUCUAUGGCAAGAAGCAGCCAGGAAAGGGAAUGGACCAGAGUCCAAGACAGCAGAAUGAAUUGAGGCCGUCAGAGACCAAGGCUGAGGCUCCUCUGUUAACCCAGACUCGACUUACCACCCAAAGUGCUCUGCACAGAGCUCCUUACUAUAACAGUUGCUGCCGCCGGAAGUACAGACCAGAAACCCCUCGUCCCUCUGUCUCCCAUUCCCCUUUGCCACCCCCAGAGGUUGAGCCCGAGAGUGGGAAGAUCACUAGGGAACCCAUGCCUGGGGUUGGCCCACAGGCCAAAGAGCCAGCAACUGUCUCGUCCCCUGCACCCAUGAGCCCCACAAGAAGACGAGCCUUGGAUCAUUACCUUACCCUUCGAAGCUCUGGCUGGAUCCCAGAUGGACAAGGUCGCUGGGUAAAAGAUGAGAAUGUUGAGUUUGACUCUGAUGAAGAAGAACCCCCUGAUCUCCCCUUAGACUGACACCCUCUUUCCCCACUCAGUUCACAAAUAAAUUUCAGCAGGCUCUGGGA